AUGUCCACCUCCGAGCCCGUGGCGCUCCUCAUGAAUUUGCGGCAGGACCUCACCGGAGCGCGGGACGCGGCACAGACGUACCUUGCAAGGGCCAGGAACUGGUUUAUGGAGUUUGCGCUGUGGAAGAAACUGCUCUUUCUCGCCGUUCCUGUCGCGUACGUUAUUGUCCACAUGUUGGCGUCCAAGUACUACUCUGGCCUCGUGCACAAGAUGGUCGAGGUGGCAGACCACUGGGCGUCGUGGGGACUCCGUGGAAAGCUGCUGCUGUUCAUGUUGGUCGUGACAGUCAGUUUCCCGCCGGUAAUCGGCUACUCGGCGCUGUCGCUGCUGGCAGGCAUGGUCUACGGGUUUGCUGGCUGGCCGAUCAUUGCCUCCGCAACGGUGCUUGGCUCGACGCUGUCGUAUCUGCUCUGCCGUCGGUGGCUACAACCGUACGCCGUGUGGUGCAUGCAGCGAAACGUGAAGCUCAAGGUGUUCGUGUCUGCUCUCAACGACGAGAAGGCCCCCUACUGGCAGAACUUCGGCCUGAUGUGUCUGGUUCGGCUGUGCCCGCUCCCCUACUCGCUCUCGAACGGGGCUCUGGCGGCGAUCCCGACGCUGGAACCCAGCAUUUACGUGGGAGCCACAGCUGCAGUCAGUCCGAAAUUAUUUGUCCCUAUAUUUAGCGGCUACCAGCUACGAAAGAUGAUGCAGGACGGACGGAGUCCAGGAAGGCAGACGGUGGACUUUCUGGGCAUGGUGAUCGCGCCGCUGUCGUUUGCGGCCGUGAUAUACGUGAUAUAUAAUCGUGUUUCACGAAAAUUGGAGUCGCAUGAAAUUGACGAACUUUCCGAUCUAGGCUUGGAGAAUGCUUAG